UACCAAGUUAAUAAUAACAAAAAGAGUUAAAUACAGUAAUAUACAUUGUUGCCAACAACUAUAUUCCCGUCUGGCACCCAGUUUCCACCUAAGUAAAUACCGAAUGCCAUAGGAAAAUAAUAAGACACGUGGCAGUGAGUAACAUUUGGCUGAUAAGACCCCUCCCUACUUUCUUCUUCCUCCUCCUCGCUCUCAGCUCACAAGAAGAAACAAAGCGUGCUUCUUCUCUCAUUACUCUCUCUCUCAUCACUUUCUCUCUCAUCACUUUCUCUCUCGCUCUUCACCCGAAACUCCAACACUAUCAUUACCUUCUUCCUCUAUAUAAACUCAAGAAUCUCAUGGAUCCUUGGGAUAACAACACUAUAGACCACCAGUACCGCCGCCGAGAUCACCGCCAUCCUUCCUUCUCCUCCACUCUCCUCGACCAAAUCUACCGCUCCACCGACGACUCCUCCGACGUCUCCAUGAGGAAGAAACAGAACCGCGCCGCCUCUCUCGACGAGAAUCGCGUCUGCCUCGAGAAAAUCCUCCUUAACCGCCGCAAAACCGCCGAUGAUUUCGCCGUUAACCGCCGCAAAACCGCCGAAGAUUUCGUUAGAUCCAGGAAUCCGAACACCGUCACCGUCGAGCCAGUUUUCUUCAAGCAUUCGAGCUCCAGCUCCUCCGACUCGAGCGGAUUCUCCUCCUCCGAGUCCGAUUCCUUCUACAGACGAACUCGCUCCUCGCGUUCCCUGCCGGAGAUUCACCAUCAUCCUAAGCCGAUUCGAAUCGCCGUCGAGAGACCUAACAACAAUAAUAAUAAUAAAGUGAAAUCGAAGGCGUUGAAGAUGUACAGCGAUUUGAAGAAAGUGAAGCAGCCGAUCUCUCCCGGCGGGCGUCUCGCCACGUUCCUCAACUCUCUCUUCACCGGAAACACAAAGAAACCUAAUAAAACCGUUUCCACCGCCACGUCAUCACACACCACUUGUUCGUCAGCGUCUUCCUUCUCCAGAUCUUGCUUGAGCAAAACGACGUCGUCCAGCGAAAAAUCGAAACGGUCUGUUCGUUUCUGCCCCGUCAACGUCAUCCUCGACGAGAACUCCGCUCGUCAUCAUCGAAGCUUGGAUACUCGUGAGAGCCGAGUUAUGGAGGAGAAUCGUCGCGUGAUUGAAGCAGCCAAGGAGCUUAUCAGAACUUACCAGAAGAAUAAAAACGUCGUCAACAUCUCCGUCGAAGAAGAAGACGAUGAUGCUGCGAGUUGCGCGAGCUCUGACCUGUUUGAAUUGGAUAAUCUAUCGUCGAUAGGGAUCGAAAGGUAUCGCGAAGAGCUUCCCGUCUACGAAACAACUCGUUUGAACACGAAUCGUAUUAUCUCCAGAUGAAUUAAUUGUUUAGUUUCUAAUAUAAAUAAUUACUUACUUGGUUUGGGGUGGAUUAAUUAAAUUUGGAUUAAUACAGUUUUAUCAUGAGUGAGGUUAAUUAUAUAUAAAUGUAGUGUUUCCACAAAA